AGUCGUUGCGGUGUUCCACUGGGUCGGAACCCUGAAAGAUUGGAAGAUUGAAAGAUUGACUUUGUACAUCUGAAAGUCAACAAAAACAAUACCUAUUAGGUAGCUCAAGACCUGUAUCGUUUUAUGAUUGAUCAUCGGUUGCGACGGUUAAUUCUGCCGUAUUGAGGCGGUUAUGACCUAAAAGUCUUACGAUAGCAUUCUCACCGGUCUCACCUCACGGCUUCAAAAUACCUAAUUAUUCAUGAUACUCAGUACCGGAUUAUUCCGGCAAAUUUAAUAUAUCAUGCGCUUCUCGAAGGCCCUUCAGUCAUCGCCUCACUCUUGCCCAAGCCCAGAUGGUGAACUAAUUGCAACCCUCCUACCAUCAAGUAUCGUCAUACGGACUAUUAUAUCUCUGGACGUACUCCGAACUAUAAAACUUCCACAGGAUCUCACGACCGGUGUGACGACCAGCUUUCUCUGGUCACCUUCCUCUACGAGGAUCUUAGUCGCUAUCACGGAUCAGAUACAUGUCUUCUCGGCCAGAAGCGGCGAUUUCCAUGGUGUUAUUAGGAUUCCGCCGUCGAUCGGUAGGUCAACCUUCAUCGAUUUUGGAGCUACCGACCAUGAGGUGUGCAUUUGGUCGCCAUUCGGUAUCAAAUUAACACUCAUCAAUCUUACGAGCUCAAAGGCUGUAGAAAUCACAAACCCCAAAUUCUACAGCGCUGCCACUGCAACUAAAGGGAUUUCCUUCCGCCCAAAGACAAAACACCUUGCCCUGCUCACGAGAACUUCUGGGAAGGAUAUGAUCAGCAUCCAUUCCCCGGGGACGAGAGAGCUUCAACGGUCCUGGUACCCGGACACUAUUGAUGCUCAAGGACUGGUCUGGACCGCGGAUGGGAGAUGGUUGGUAGUGUGUGAAUCAUCAGCUCAAUCCCCCAGGGUCCUUUUCUAUACUUCUGACGGUCAUAUUUUCAAGGAUUGGAACGGUCCCCUCUUACAUGCACCUCAGGACAUGGGUCUGCUUAGUACUGGCGUGAAAGCGUUCACGCUCAGCCCUGACUGUAGACUCGCAGCAGUUGCAAACAGUUCUCCCUGCAUAUGCAUCCUAAAUACGCCAUCCAUGGUAGAAGCAAUGCGGCUCCAUCACCCACAAGUUAUCCAGCCCAAGGAUACAUUGCAAAUCUGGCAAGAACAAAACACUCUUCCAAAUACUGGAUCAAUUUCCUCGCCAGGGUUCAUCAAAGCCACGCAGGCGGUGACGCCACAGUGGACUACGCCGAAUAACCUUCAGGAACCUACAUCUGGUUGUAAUCUUGUCAAAUUCGACUGUUCUUCGUCUCUUUUAGCCACGAGGCUAGAAGACGCCCCAGGUACGAUCUGGAUCUGGGAUCUCCCUAGUUCCGAUCUUCGGGCUGUGCUCAUGUACCACGCCAAUGUAACAAAGCUAGAAUGGCACCCAGUCCAUCCAGAACUUCUCCUUAUGAGGUGUGAUGGGGACAGGUAUGGAAGUCUCGUGUUUGCCUGGGACCCUCUGAGCCAGGGCCCACGGUCUAUCGACAUGGCACGCCAAUUUCCAGAAGCCUUAAGUAGUAAGACUUACGCCGCAUGGAUACGGACGAGGGCAGAGUCUGCAGCACUAUUCUUCACUGACCACGCAACCUGCAUGGUUAUUUCACUUGCAGAUUCUGAUGGAGAAGCACUCCCCUGGCACGAGGACGAUUCUGCGCCUGGUAGCCCCAUCAGUCAUGGGAGCGAUAUAAAUAUGCAGUCAUCACCAAAACUCGCAUAUGAAUUAGAGGAUGCAGAGGACAGUAUCGAUAUUGACCCAGAUGACGACUAUGCGAGUGAGCUGGAUGACACAUUUCAGUUCAUCAGCCGCUAAGCCGGGGACCUGCGCAAGGGUUCUGUCACAUAUCAAGUUGAUGGGGUAUGAAAUUUAGGCACCCAGUACCGUGGAAUAAUAGCCAUUAGCUUAAUCCCGGAAGACAAAGUCAACUGUCCCGAAUGCAAGAAUGGCCUUUUAGUGACUUCAGAGUCGCAGGGUAUGUUCGGAUCUCAUACUGUUGUUAGUGAACCGAUGAGCUCGAUCUACAACGUACGUUUU